AUGGCACCUAGAGUAAUUGUCGUUGGCGGUGGUCUAUCUGGCUUGAGUGCUGCACAUACCAUUUACCUGGCUGGUGGCAACGUCGUUGUUCUAGAUAAACAAGCCUUCUUUGGUGGAAACUCGACAAAGGCUACCUCCGGUAUUAAUGGAGCACUUACUCGAACUCAAGUCGACCAAAAGAUUCAAGACAGUGUAAAGCAAUUCUACGAUGACACACUGAAAUCGGCAAGAGAUAAGGCAAGGCCGGAUUUGAUCAAGGUCUUGACAUAUAAGUCUGCUGCCGCUGUUGAAUGGCUUCAAGAUGUAUUCGGAUUAGAUUUGACUCUCGUAUCACGACUAGGUGGUCACUCACAUCCAAGAACUCACCGUGGACACGAUGCGAAAUUCCCGGGUAUGGCCAUUACAUAUGCUUUAAUGCAAAGGCUAGAGGAGCUCGCUGAAGCAGAACCCGAACGUGUACAAAUUAUCAAGAAGGCACGAGUUACAGGACUGAAAAAGGAAGGAAACAAGAUUACCGGUGUCAAUUAUGAAUUCGGUGGAGAACCUUCAUUUGUUGAAGGACCAGUCGUUUUGGCCACUGGUGGAUACGCAGCAGAUUUCACAGAAACAUCUCUACUCAAGAAACACAGACCUGAUACAUAUGACUUGGCAUCUACCAACGGUGUUCACGCUACUGGUGAUGGUCAAAAGAUGGUCAUGGCCAUUGGUGGUAAUGGAAUCGAUAUGGACAAAGUUCAGGUACAUCCAACUGGUCUUGUUGACCCUAAGGAUCCUGGAUCUAAGUGGAAGUUCUUGGCCGCUGAGGCUCUUCGUGGAGAGGGAGGUCUUCUAUUGAAUGGUGAUGGUGAUCGUUUCUGUGACGAACUUGGUCACAGAGAUUACGUCUCCGGUGAGAUGUGGAAAGAAAAGGACAAGGGAAAAUUCCCAGUUCGUCUUAUUCUCAACUCCAAGGCAUCAAAUGUUCUUGACUUCCACACACGUCAUUACUCUGGUCGUGGUCUCAUGAAGAAGAUGACUGGUAAGGAAUUGGCAAAGGAGAUUGGUUGUACACCAGAUCAUCUUCAAGGAACCUUCAAGAAAUACAACAAAAUUGCCGAAGGCAAGGAGAAGGAUCCAUAUGGCAAGAAGUUUUUCCACAAUGGACCAGUUGAUAUUGACGAUGACUUCCACGUUGCUGUUAUGGAGCCUGUUCUUCAUUUCACCAUGGGUGGUAUCGAGAUUAACGCAGAUGCACAAAUUCUUAACCAAGAAGGCAAACCAUUUGAAGGUCUUUAUGCCUGUGGUGAAUUGGCAGGAGGUGUUCAUGGUGCCAAUCGUCUUGGUGGAUCAUCUUUACUUGGUUGUGUUGUCUACGGACGUGUGGCAGGUGAUUCUGCUAGCAAUUACCUUUUCCAAAAUGCUCUCAAGGGUAAUCUUGGUCCUGCAUCACGUCUUGGUCAAAUUUCCCUUCACAUUGAUCCAUCACAACCUGGGAAGAUCUCCGUUGAGUGGGAUAGCCAAUCUUCUGGUAGUGGCGACAAAGUAGCUCAACAAUCCCAAACAUCAGCCGGUCCAGUCAUGAAGAAUGGAGCAGACUCAUCUGAUCCAGGGAAAGUUAGCAAGCCAACUAAACUAUCCGAAUUCAAAAUUCCAGAAAAGGAAUUCACAAUGGAGGAAGUUGCCAAACACAACAAGAAAGAAGAUUUAUGGGUUGUGGUUAAGGGUGUCGUUAUGGAUGUAUCGGAUUGGUUAGACGAACAUCCAGGUGGACCACAAGCUCUUAUGAAUUUCAUGGGUAGAGAUGCUACUGAGGAAUUUGAGAUGCUUCAUGAUGAUGAAGUUAUUCCUAAGUAUGCUGCUAGUCAGGUUAUUGGAAGAGUUAAAGGUGUCACACCUACUUUGGAACUAUGA